AGUUUCUGCGCCAAUAAUUGAAGAACGCGCCACUGUAAGCUCACCAGGGGGGUCCAAUCAUCCACAAAGCUUCAUUCCGACACCCUCCCCACGCACGCAGUGUUCGUUAUCCCUGCGUGGCUCCAGAGUCCCAGUGGAAAAUGCGCUCCGCGGCGCACAAUAGUUCGACUUUUACGCGCGCCUUUGGAAAGCGCGGGGGCGCGGUGACAACGAGGAGCUGAUUUACAUGAAGAGGCUGCGGAUAAAGCAAACAUAAAUAAUAGAGGGAAACUUGGGUUGAGGUUGUGUCCACGUCCACUCAGACGAAAACAAUCCAAGAUAAAGGUUUCCACUGCGUUUUUACGCGUUUUGGAACCAUUUAAAUUUCCAGUAUUAAGAUUCAAGGUAAGAAUUUCUUGAAUUGCGCCCAUUCAAACUUUUUACUUGUAAAUUUAGCACAUUUUCACGCUUAAAUUGUGCGUGAAUGAAACUGCACCAAAGUUACAACAGAGUUUCCAAAUGUUUACUUUUUUUAUUUAUUUAUUUUAGGAGCGCACCCUUUCUGGAAUCAGAAAGUUCCUGUUGGAAGCGCGCCGCUCCGUGGAGCGCACCUCUCUGCUGUGACUGAUGGAGAAAAAAAACUGCUGUUUGUUUAGUGCUUGAAGUGGCACGCGUCUGGCGCGCGCAGCUGCACCGGCGCAGGAGCCCAAGGUGUAUCCACGCGACCAGUGGGCGUGGCCUCCCCCUCAGCCAAACGCAUUGAAAAGCAGUGGCGUCUUUCUUCAAGGAGUCAUUUCAGCUUUGAGAAGCGCGCCACGCAGCAGCCCCGCGGAGCGGCCACACCACGUGAACGGCACGAGCGGGACGCACCGCCAGGAGACGCUUCCCUCCUUUAUGUUUCUGUCAACUUUUUGGUUUUUUUGAUUUUCUUUUUUUUCCUCGCUGGGAUGGACCUCACAGCCAAAAUGGAAAUUAGUCACCAGCAGCUGAUUCCGCCCGCGUGCUUCUUCUCCGCUGCGGCUGCGCAGAGCAUCCACCUGAGCCCCGGCGGGAGCAGCAGCAGCAGCAGCAGCAGCGGGAAGUCUGCAUCCAAGCAGCCUAAGAGGCAGCGCUCCUCCUCCCCGGAGCUGCUGCGCUGCAAGCGCAGGCUGAACUUCGCGGGCUUCGGCUACUCGCUCCCGCAGCAGCAGCCGCACGCGGUGGCGCGCAGGAACGAGCGCGAGCGCAACCGGGUCAAGCUGGUCAACAACGGCUUCGCCACCCUGCGGGAGCACGUGCCCAACGGCGCCGCCAACAAGAAGAUGAGCAAAGUGGAGACGCUGCGCUCCGCCGUGGAGUACAUCCGCGCGCUGCAGCAGCUGCUGGACGAGCACGACGCCGUGAGCGCCGCCUUCCAGGCCGGCGUGCUGUCGCCCACCAUGUCGCAGGGAUACGCGGCGGACAUGAACUCCAUGACGGGCUCCCCCGUGUCCUCCUACUCCUCUGAUGAAGGCUCCUACGACCCGCUGAGCCCGGAGGAGCAGGAGCUUCUGGACUUCACCAACUGGUUUUGAGCUUCUUCAGAAUCCACAUUCUGGACUUUACGCGCGCGCGUUUUGGUCCUCUCAUGAAGGUCCUGAAAACUUUUUUGUGGAAAUCAGACCAGCGCCAAAGGACUAAAGAGACUUGGGUCUGUCCACAGGAAAACCACAAACUCCAAAACACUAUUUAAAGCUCUUCAUCUAUGCCAAUCAUCAUCAUCAGUUCAGAAAAAUGCUUCCAAGUCGCCGAUUUAUUCUAUUAAAUUCUAUAUUAAACGCUUUUUUGGGAAAUAUAUUAAAAUAUUUUUGUAUGUAAGAGAUUUAUAGAUGUUUUUGUACACAUCCUUUUGUAUAUAUUUUGUCUAUAUAUUGCGGAGUUGCUUCUAUGACCUCUUUGCCUCUAUAUGUAGACGCUGUAGUCUAUUAUUCUGGGACUCUUCUGUUCACGAGGUUUCCAGGAGUCUGAGACUCCCGGAGGUUUGAUUAUCCAGCACCAACGUGUCUUAUUUAAAGGAGAAAAAAAUGUUGCGUCAUGUCGUGUCACGAUGAUCAAAAAAACUUAUGCAGCUGUUGUCCAAACGGAGAAGCAUCGAACCUUUACGCCGUCAGAUGUCCUCCUCCUCCCAUGAUGGAAACGAGAAGUCUUAUAUUCAGAUGUUCUACACUGUAGUCCAAGAAUAAAACCACAUGCUACUGAGAUCUUUGCGCGUGUCUGUGUGUGUGUUGAUGGGGGGUGGGGUGGGUCAUCCAAUUACAUUGUUAAAAAAACAAAAAUAAUAAAAAAA